GGAAACCUGGGCUGGGAGCUCAGGAACCUAGGCUUUCUCAGAAUUCAGUGCUUAAGGUGAUGAGUCGUUCAUUCUUACAGAAAGAGCAUUUUGUCAAGGGUCUGCCAGAAUACCACGUGGUGGGUCCAGUCCGAGUAGACGCCAGUGGGCAUUUUUUGUCAUAUGGCUUGCACUAUCCCAUCGCGAGCAGCAGGAGGAGGAGAGAUUUGGAUGGCUCAGAGGACUGGGUGUACUACAGAAUUUCUCACGAGGAGAAGGACCUGUUUUUUAACUUGACGGUCAAUCGAGGAUUUCUUUCCAAUAGCUACAUCAUGGAGAAGAGAUAUGGGAACCUCUCCCGAGUUAAGAUGAUGGCUACCUCCGCCCCGCUCUGCCAUCUCAGUGGCACGGUUCUGCAGCAGGGCACCAGAGUUGGGACGGCAGCCCUCAGUGCCUGCCACGGACUGGUGAGUGCGAGCUCUGGCAUCUCCUUCCUCUGCUCCGGCCCCUAGAGUCCCAGCCAGUAGACCUACUACCAACAGGUUCACAGAUGCACUGACAUAUGGGAGUUGAGCCCCCGUCAUGUGAUGAUCCUGGCCUCCAAAGGGGUUGGCGAGAAAGUGUUUAAUAAAUAAAAGAGAUUGAAUUGAGAGGUACAAGAGUAAGGGCACUGAGGGUUCAGAGGAGGCAGACAGAACUCCAACCAG